UUGGAACAAAAUAAUUGGUUACUCUCUUUAGCCCGACCCCUGAGUCGUUUAGUUGCUGUCAACUUUGCCGGUCUAAUAUAUCCAUCUGAUCACAUCCCUACGAGGUAUCUUAUACUGCAGGCAUUGGGCGACAAGGAUCCUCGCGUAAGAGCUGAAGCAUGCGUGGCUUUCGAACAGUUUCUUGACCCUAAUAUUAUUCAUGACAUCGUCUAUGGGCGCGUUAAACUACCAUCUUUCGUUGAAUUUGUUAAUCAUGAUACUCAACAUUCACGUAAAAACCCGUUUGUUGAAGUGGAACGUCUGAUUCCGGUGGUUCAGUUUAUUCGUUUAUGCUUGUUGGCAACCCAUGGUGGCCUAACACCUGCACAGGAGGCUGGGCUUACUUACGAAACGGAAGAAGAGGUUCGAUAUUUGAUUAACCAAACUGUACGGUACUUUCUUUCUGCUGGAAACUUGACGACAACCGUAUCUCAAACCCCUCUUUCAGUUAGCAACACAACAUCUGUAUCUACAACUUCAACGAGUACCUCUAUUUCCACUGGUGCCAAUGUUCCAGUUAUCAAUCCUGAACAAGCGAAACGCAGUAUCGACACUUAUUUUCGUCUUAUUCAAGUGGUUAUUUUCACGCGAUCUCAACACACUAAAGAUUCUCCAGAUUUCCCAAACUAUCUAGAAGAAGUUUUGGUUGGCAAUACCAAAGAAUUGAUUACUUGUAAUAAGCAACUUUUUGAUCGUAUGAAUAAUGUAUUGUUGGCAACCCCUAGAGGAGCAAGUUGUCGUCACGCUUGCGCUUCUGUCUACAGUGUAGUUGUUAUGGAAACUGAAGCCCCCGCUCAGGCUUUGCAAACAGCAAAAGGUAUGCUGGCUACACUUCCCAGCCCAGGUUCUGUUAUUGAUGGCGAAUCGUCCCAUGCAGUUCAGGGCAUGUUCAUGGGUGCAGCUUAUCUUCUCGAACGGUUAUUCACGGCUUAUGUUGUACCAUUUAAUUCCACUGGUGUCACUUCUAAAACCAAUAAACAGUCUUCAGCGGAACAAACAAAAAAGGGAAAAAAAGAAAAACAACAAAAUCAUAGAAAUCUCCAAACUGAUAUUAUUCGAACUAUAGAGGAACUGCUAAGUCUAAUGGAUGGAUUUUUGGUAAAGCCUAGUCAGCUUGUUGAUAGUCUAAAAAUAAAUAACACAAAAAAUACUCUGGACAACGAUGGAUAUUGCUAUGUUAAUUCUAGUGUAUCACAAGCUACAGUGGUUGCAUUACUCGAGGCACUUGUUGUUAUUGGCAGAGCUGGUUGUUUAUCGCAUCUUCCAUCCGGAACAUUACCCAUUGAAGGUAAUAAUUCGACCACCUCAUUACUGUGUUCCAAAGCUUCAUUUGUUCAUCGAAUUGUAUCAUAUCUGCCAACCGUUAGUGAAGAACGUUUUUCAUCGUCACUUAGAUAUCCAAGAGUUUCACAAGCUGCUCUUCGAACUUUGGCAGCCGUUUGCAUGGGUGAAGGUUAUCAAACCACAAAAGAUGAAGCAUCUCAUUCUUCAGAAUCUAAAGCAACCGAAAACUCAAAACCCAAAUGUCAUCCCCACACGAUUUCUAUUUUGAAAAUUAUGGUGGGUACGGCUGAAAUUAACGACCCAAGCCUUCAUUUAGCUGUAGGGACUGCCCUAGCUGACUGCAUUCUUGGACCUAUAUCACCCUAUCGAUUUCAUUGGUAUGAAAGGAAUUAUCCUCUUGUCAUUCCAGCACAUAGUUUAAAUGCUGCUGUUACCGGACCAAAUGCUCGAUGGUUGGCAGAACAACUUCGAUCACUACUUACCCCCCGCCCAGGACAGGUCCAAACACGACCAGUGACAAUCGCUGCAACUUUAUGGAUUCUUAACUUAGUUCGGCGUUUGGGUCCACUUCCAAAACCACUACUUUCUUACCAGUUGCUAAUUGAUCUUUUGGACCAAAAAGAUGAGUCCGUUCAGUGCGUUGUUGUUGCAACUUUGGGCUUAAUUUAUGACAGAAGUUCAGAAGACGAACGUUCAGAGCUUAUUACAAGUUUAACACAAGCAAUCGGAGAUGAUAAAAAAUCCAGUUCCCCAGUUUAUCAUGAACUGUGCAACUUAGCUCAACAAAUUGGACGCCCAGACUUGGCUUUAUCAUUAAUUGUGUUAGCCAUCGCUCUCCCAUCGACGUCACGUAACACCAAUGCUUCUGGGAAUCCUCAAUCCGGAAGUUGUUUUUCUAAUAUAGCAUUCAACUUGGCAUCAAGCGUCACUUAUUCAAGUCUAGUACGACGACUCGGUAGAUCUUUAGCUCCCGCUCUCCCACGCCUAGUACCUCGAGUAUUUGUCCGUCGUUUUGAUUUUGCUCGACCUAAACUUCGUCAGGCAAUGGAGAAUGUUUGGCUUGGUUUGGUUUUAUAUGCAACUAAUUCGGCAACACCAUUUCUAUCAACUAACACUUCAUAUCCUAAUAUAUCUGGUUCGUCAUCAACAAUAACAAGUCCAACCAAUCAAAAUACUCAGUUGUCUUCAUCACCCGUACCGAAUUCAUUGCAUUCUUUAGUUUCGGAAAUGAUUGAAGCACAUUUCAACGCGAUCGUAUGUGAGAUCAAAACUCAACUGGGAUUUAACACAUUGAGCUUUCAUUCAACACAAAUGGGUGGCAAUUCUCCUCAAUCAACCACAAACGUUCCUAACGGUUCGGGAACAUUAUCAACAAAUAAAAUACCCUCAAACACUUCCCAAAACAGUGGUACGGGCACACAAAACAUGCGUUUAAGAGAUGCCUGUUGCUUGGCUAUAAGUAGUUUAGCCACACAUCCUUCAGCUGAUAAGCGUCUUGCAGGGCAUUUGCCCGCUCUAUUGUCUGGACUCCUUAAUCUAUGUGAUGAAUCUGAAUCAAGUGACAUGCUUGAAAAUGAUAAUUCAGGCAUCACAACUCCCGCUGAAGAAGCUGCCAUCACUGUACAGAAACUUGUUAUACGUGUUCUGGAAAAUCCGUGCUCUCGUGAAGCAGCAACUGGACUGUUGCCUGGUUUACUUCCAGUGAUUAUUGAGCGUGCACCAUGGUCACUAAGUGCAGAGACAGCUUCGAAUAAGAAUGGCCGUCAACCUUCUAGUGAGUUACGACGACUAGCACUUGAACUUCUUUUAGCAGCUGCUCGUACUGCACGUCCAUCUGCACUACGUCCUGCUCUUCCACAGCUCGUAUUAUCCGGAUUGCAAGCAAUGUCUUCUAUUCACCCGUCGGUUGUUGCUAAUUUAAUGCGACAGCCAAUUCAUCAUCUACAUAUUUAUUCACAGGCUGCUCCAAAUUCAUUGAAUUCCACCUCAGGAUUACCAUCAGCAACGAACAUUUCACUAAGUGUUGCUCCGUCUAAUAACCCUACUCAACAAUCUGUAUUACCUUCAUUAAACCCGGCUUCAGCUUGCAAGGAAGUUCAAAUGGCAGAAGUUCUGAGAUUAUGUGUUCGGCUGCUUGAUGAUAUUUGUCUAUCACGCCUCAUUGUACCAUUCACUGAACUCUUAAAGGCUGGUGGUGGAUCUUCUGCAACUAUAGGUUCUAGCAGCGCUAGUGGAGGUAGUAGCGGAACUGGAGCUAGUGGUUCAGCUUCUAUUGCGACUGCUGCUUGUGUUUUCAUAAUUCAUCUAGCUGCAGCAAAUACAAACGCUUUGGCUGUCUCUCCUAAAACAACUACGUGCAUAAGGUGUGCAGCUUCUAGAUCGCAACUUGUAACUAGUGGUCUAGAUAAUUCAAACAGUUCUCCUAGUCAUAAAACAUAUAAUUCACCAUCUGGAUCAUCACACUCAUCACCUUCUUCCUUGUAUGGAUUGUCUCCCCCAACUCCUCCUUGCGGUUCUGCUUAUGAGGUUAGCGCACACUCUUUAAGCUCUGGGGCAAUUGACUCACCAACCCUUGGGAAUCGAUCUCGUACAAUGCUUCAGAGUCAAAAACACAAUUCAGUUGCUAACGGGUCAUCCAAUGUGCCUGAUGGUACUAGUUAUUCUAAUUCGUGUUCUGGUAAUCAAACAAACUCUGUUUGUUGCAACUCUACUGGUGAUGGUUUCGCCUCCCUUGCUCCUCAUACGGGAAAGCUUCUGGCGGCACUCUUAUCUGCGCUUCCUGGUGCUUGUCGCCAUCCAAACUCAGCUGGGAAAGUUAUUCAAGAGGAAAUGGCUAGAACUUUAGCCAGUCUUUUGCGGUUUGCCAAAGAGACUAGUGUUACAAAACUGUUCAACCGUGUACGUUCGUGGUACUUACAACCAGAACAAGCUACAGCCGGUUCAGAUGGUGGUGUACAGGGUGGUAGUAACAUUUCAAUAAGCCAUUGGGCAUGUGUUCGUGUGCUACAUGCUGUUGCUCAUCAUUGUCCUGAUCUCCUAUAUGCUCAUGCUUGUAUUACUUUACCACUGAUUUUCUUAAGCAAACAGGUUGAAAGUGAGGCUGAAAAUUUAAUUUCUUCCAGAACAAGUAGUGCUAUCUUUCACUCGAAAAAUCGUAAUGUUGAUAUCAAUUCUCUUUGUGCUUCUCAUCGCGAAACAAAUACAAGUGUUUCUCCAUAUAUUAAAGAAAGCAUAUCAACGAAAUUGAAUUCCAGUGAUUUAGACAUUUACCAACAGUUGUGGCGAGAGUGCUGGGAAGAGUUGAUUUCUCGCAUUCCCUCGGCUCCAUGUUCACCUCAGUCUGUUUUGUUUUGGCCUAAUGCAGUAACAUUGGGUUUGAAAUCUAUUCUUCCAUUGGCUACAGGUUUAGCAAAUAGUUUCUUACGACGACCUCUUUUGGAUCAUUGUACACAACUGUUAUAUGACGCUCUUCUUGAGUCUCCUAACUGGUCAGUACAUAAUCAGGCUUCAUUUGCUAUACUUCAACUAGCUACUCGAAUGCUUGGUCAACCAUUUUCCACUUCUCCCAAUACAAGCGUUAACAAACACAGUAGAUGUUAUGGUCGCAUCCGAACAAGAACUUUUCACGAAACUUCUCCAGCUACUGUCAUAAAUGCAGGUCCAGUCAAUACUGUCCAAGAUUCACUUAAAUCUGGAGAUAAGCAAUGUCGGGAUCUGAAUAAAUGCACUUCGUUAGAAGUUAAUGGUAACGAGGUUGAAAUUCAAGAAAUUUUCGAACGAAAGAUCUUUGAUUUAGAGGAAAAUGAGAUCAUGAAUGACAAUGAUGACGAUGGGUUUUCAGACGAUGUUGAAGAUGAAGUUGAUGAUAUUUUGGUCGAAAAUGAAGAAUCUGCAGUUCAUGCUUGGCUCAUUUUAGUUCAGUUAACUGCCACUGCUCUCAAUAAAUGUAAACCGUGGCCUGGAAAGGUUUACCUGCUCCGAGCAGCAAGAUUAUUAGGCGAAUUUGCUCUAGAGCAACAGAACAUUAUCGAAGAACCAGCGAAUCAAGACGUUAUUCAUCAAAUGUGGUGCGCUCUUUUGCGCGAAACUCAAUCAAGACGAGCUGAAGGUAUCAAAAGUGGUUACCAGGCUGAAGCUUUCCUGACACUUGCAUCGUUCGCUGAAGCAUGUGGUAUUGAUGCGAUCGCGGAUAAUCAUCCCUACUCAACUGUUGAUGGCAAUCCCGAAGAAAAUUCUUCAACGGAAUCGCAUAGUGAAUUUAUCGAUCGUCUCACCAAGUUAUUUGUGUUGAUUAUUCCACAGUGGUUAAAACGUGGGAAAAAUGCUACACAAAAUAAAAAUUUAGAAAAUUUGAAACUUAACACCAAACUCAAUGAGUUCGAACUCGAACAGGCUGUCAGAGCUGUCGGGAUUAUAUGGCCGCUUAACGCUACGAAAGAACAUUUGCAUCGUUUCGCUGAAACAAUAAUCCUAUUGAACAAUGUUAUGACCCAAACUGGGAAACAUGUUCAAAUCUCUUGCUUGGCAAGUGCAUUAACAAUACUUGCGAAGCUGAGUCCAGAACAAAGUGCGCAUAUAGUCGAUUGUGCCGGCAAAUCAGUAUCAAGGUGUUUCUCAGAGUUAGGAUUAAAAGAGUUCAUUGGCAAACUAAAAAAAUCAGCCGAAAACCAAAAAUCCCAGUUACUCAGAGAACAUGCUCUGAGGACAGUCGCAGGAAUUCUAAGACAUCCAAGUUUCAUGAACCUUUGCAAGGAUUCAAUUCGUCAGCUCUUACAAUCAUUUUCGAAUGAUGGCGUUCAAGCUUUGCGUGAUUGGGCUUCUCAACUCAUGACCUCACUUUGAUGGACAUUACGGAUGUAUUUACUCUGUACGUGGUAAUAUUUUGAAUCAACGACACAUCUUCUGUAUGAGUCAGUUUAAAAAUUAACCAUUUAAUAUACUUAUUGAAGCUUCA